CCUAAGCUGCAGUGAUAUUUCUCGGAUGAAGGGGGUCCGUGUAUGCCAAGCAUUGAUGGAUCACAAAGUGUUUGAGCCAGUUGGAGCUAAGCUUUACUUAUUCAAGAAUGGGAAAGAAACAGAGUUUGAAGACACAGACACUAGUCUCUAUAGAUUUGUAAAUAGCAGUCUUGAUCCUCUUCUUCCAAGAAAGAGUAAGGACAAUGAAAGCUUGUCUCCUGAGCAAAUCUGCAAACAGAAAACAAAAAGAUAUUCCAAAACAAAGUGUGACACAACACUUUCAAACCCCUUAGCAUUGGAAGCAGCUGAUAAAAAGAAGGUUGAGGAGCUUCUUCAAUCAAUAUAUGUUCAUGCCUCUUUACCUCCAAAGAUCAUGGUUGAUGAACCAACUCGCCCGCUUUCAAAAGGAGUAAUAGAAGAUGUCUGGAAACAACAAACUCUGCUACGACUGCUGCAGUUAAUUGAUGUUCCCGUUCUAGAAGAUAUCUUGGUGUCUUCAGUGAAUCAAAUCAAAUCAGACAGUUUUGGCAAAGAAGACGACAUGAUUAUCUCAAAUACUUUCCUCGACAGAGAGAUUAUGUGUAGUUUAAACUUGCCUGAGCUUGACAGGUGGCUCUUUGCUGCAAUUGAAUGCUUGGAGUAUUUUCCUGACCAAUUCCUAGUGAUGGUUAGUCAGCAGUUAUCUCAAAGCACUAACAACCCCAGCAGUCUGAAUACAUACAAGAAGAUUAUUUUUGAUGUCAUAAUUAAGUAUUACAGUCAAAAAAAGGACUCUCUUCUUGCCACUCAGGAUUUUGAUAUUCAUUCAGGAAUUAUAGAACUUAUAGAAAAAGGAAAAACAGAUCAAGCUCUAGAGGCAUUACAACUUUAUCUUAAAUUAUUAGCACCGAAUAUUAGUGAAGAACUUCACAGACUCCUCACAUUCCUAGCCAUUGCAUCAGAAUCUGAGGGCUACAGAUUGCAAAAACAAUUUGAGAACAGAUUUGUGAUCAUCAAGACUUGUACAAAGUUCAUCUUACAAAACAGGACACUGUCAAAACCACAGGCAGAACUGCUGACUCAGUUUCUGGUGGACAAUCACUCCGAGCUCUUUAAGGCUCCUUUAACUCUUCUGGAACUAACGAGUAGGAGACUUCAGAGUUUGCUAGAAGGGCAAGAUCCAGAUAUCAAUUCAGGCUUCACCUUCUGUCAACGCAUUACAACUAAAGAAUAUGAAGAUCAAAAGCAACAAACCAAUCAGUAUCUUCUAGCACUGAUUCAAGAGAUGGAUAAUGACCCUACUGUUCCUUUGAAGCAAAAGAAGAAAUUAAUCAAAGAAUUCCGAAAAUAUCAUUCUUUUGUCUACUGUAGUGGCUGUAAAACUACAUGUGAAUAUUGUACUCCAAAUGGUUAGACUUCAAUACAGCCUUUUCUUAAUCUUUUUUUAAAAGAAUGGAGGAGACACAUGAAAAUUGCUCAAAAAAAAUGUUCUUCUCUUACAUCUUUCCAUCUUCAGCUUCAGGAAGCUACAACUAUAAAAAUUACUAUGCUACUAAAAAACAUUAGCUCUAAUUAAUCUUUUAAGCAAAAUCUACUUAAUUAUUUGUAAGUAAGUAAUACCAGCACACUGCUUGGGCUUCCUUAAGUUCAAGGUUUGGCACUUUUUUCCAUCUGUCCCACAACCCCAUGGCUUUCUAUCUGAGCCACAUCCAUAUUCUGAGCUGUGCUUGGGUUGAUAAAUCAGUAGUUUUUUUACUCUUUUCUGUCUUUAAUAAUUUCAUCGCAUCUUAAACUGUGGGUUAUGACCCCUGUGGGUAUUGUAAAAGUGUACAAAGUGUGUAAAAAAUGUUGGAAGUAGGUCAGUGGGUUUUGAAUCUACAGCAGGAAUGAUGUAUUAGGCAGGGGAGCUGUGUGUGCUUGCAGUCAGUAAUUACCUGUCGUUACUGCCUCCCUACUCUGGCAGACUGAGCUGCUGCUAAUUCAAGUAAAAGGUUACGUCUUGAAGAAACCUGAGAUACAAUUACCUUGUUUUAGAUCUUAGUAUACUUAAGUAAUUUAUUUUAAUAUGAGGAUAUUUUGAUAAUGUUGUUAUUUAUCAUAAAUACUUUGGUAAUGUUUAUGAACUCAUAGGGCAAAGCUAGAAAGUAUAUUGGCCUGUCUUGACACAUUGAUGGUUAACUCUAAAUCAACAAAGAAGUGUUUAUUCAAAUCAUUAAAUCAUGGAAUCA